AUGGUGCAGGGGAUGGGAUGCUACAGUCUCCAACUUAUUUCGCUGAGCAUAGCUGCCGCAUCCUUGGUGGCCGUAGGUGCUUCUUUGUCCUAUGACGGCUACCAAGUUUUUCGAGUUAAGACCGGUACCAAAAUGGCUUUCGUUCAGCAAAAACUUGAAACCAUAAAAUUCGACGAAUGGAACACAGUCAGAAACAUGCAUAUCGAUAUUGCGAUUUCGCCUGACCGGAUUGACGCAUUCAUGAAACUCAACCUGGAUUAUCAUGUCAUGCACAAAGACUUGUCCAGGUCAAUUUCCUCAGAGUCUGCUGCGAACGAUGUGUGGAAGAGACAUUACAACAACUAUCACCCAUACGAAGACCGCAAGGCUUACUUCAAAGCCUUGUAUGAAGGGUUCCCCAAUAAUUCAAAGCUUGUAUCUUCGGGGACUUCUCAUGAAGGAAGAGAAAUAUUUGAAAUAUUUGGCAUUCGCUUUUGGGGCGCCAAUGGCCCAGGUCAACCAGCCAUCUUGUGGCACGGAACGGUCCAUGCAAGAGAGUGGAUUGUUGCUCCUGUUCUUGAGUAUCUUUCUCUUCAGUUGAUACAAGGCUAUGGCGUCGACAACGCUACGACCGGAUUUAUGGAUAAAUAUGACUUUUGGGUUUUUCCAAUCCUUUACAUUGACUGGCACAGUUACAGUCAAUAUUUCCUUGCGCCGGUUGGCUUCAACUGUACCUACUAUAUUCCCACCUUAGGGCAAUACAUCGCGCUAGCACAGGUCACUUCAGAUGCCAUAAGGGAAGCAGAGGGCGUCACCUUCACCUAUGGUCCCAGUUGCGCGACCUUGUAUCCUUCGACAGGCGGGAGUUUUGAUUACGCCUAUGCUAUUAGUAAAGCAGCCAGGUCUUAUCUUAUCGAGUGGGACUACCAGCUGUAG